AGCUUAGCUUGUUAUCAGAAGUAUCGUUGCUCGAACAUGUGUAAAGUAGCUUCCUCCAGUAUAUCACAAACCUUUUCAGCUCUUCGACAUCUUCUUCGAUCUUACUGUCCCACGCCUAAUGAUGGUAAUACUGUCUCGACCAUCAGCUCCUCGACAUCUUCUUCUGCCACCUCGAGUAUCAGCUCUGCGUCUUCUUCUCCGUCCAUCUUGACUACUAGCACCGCAUCAUCUUCCUCCAGCUCGAUCGUCAGCUCUGUCCCGUCUUCUUCCUCUACAUUGACGCCUGGCACUGUAACCUCGUACACUACUCUACCUCCUGGCGACACUGGCUAUACGAGCACAGUUCCACCAUCCGGCACUAUUUCUGGCACGGUCAUCAUCGGGACUCCUGUUUGUUCCGUUCCUACGAACUCUGUCACAAUGACUGCAGCAGGUACUGCAGGAGCAACAAGUACUUUCUCCGUUCCAGCCUGCGCGACCGCCCUUCGAUUUGAGGUUGUAGGCGGUCCAGGAGGUCAGCUUGGUCGCGGCGGUGGCUAUGGUGCCCUUGUUUCUGGCACAAUCGUAGUGUCUCCUGCACAAAGUAUCCGUGCGUAUGCUGGUGGUGCCGGCAACGGAGCUGCACCUGGCAUGGGUGCUUAUGGAAAUGGCGGUUCUGCAGUCGGCAAUGGCGGAGGUGGCGGUGCUGCUUCCGCUCUUUAUGUCAACAACGACUUGAUUGUCGUUGCUGGCGGCGGUGGCGGAGGCACUAUUCCUGUGUCCUCGGGUAAUUUCGGUGCGGGGAACGUGGAGAGCUUCACUUAUCCCUCCAGCGGUGGUAAUGGUACAGCUAACACGCCUGGCGUAAAUUAUAGUCAGCAAAACUCUGCUGGCAAUGUCCUCGCUACAUCCUCUGGAGGAUCACCAGGCACACUCUCAGCUGCCGGAGCUGGAGGCGGCCACACGGGCUAUGGCGACCAAGUAGUGCUAGGGAAUUCAGGUAACGGGAUCAAUGGCGGUAAUGGCGUGAUCACGCAAGGCACAAGCGUCACCUCAGGCUCGGGUGGUGGCGGAUCAGGAUACUAUGGUGGAGGCAGUGGAGCAUCGUCGUAUUGGUACGCAGGAAACGUGGGCUCGGCAAUCGCUGGCGGAGGAGGUGGCGGAUCGAGCUAUGUUUCUGGAUCUGCUUCUAAUAUCGUUCAGUAUCCCUCUGGCUUUACUGUGGGCACGAUCGUCUACAGCUUUGCAUAGGGAAUCAUAUAGGUCUGGUCUCGUUUAUUCAGGCAGUUUUGUAUCAUCUAUGCGUUCGAUGGGGUCAGUUUUGUAUAGAUCGUAUGGUGGUUAUUCCUUUCGCUCUCCUAUCGCUCUCUUCAAGCCUUCUUUUGCUUAUCCAACUUAUAGUCAAGCCUGCAUGUGAUGAUGCAUGUUGCAGUCUGCGU